GGAUAAAUUUUAAUAUUAUAUUUUUUGAUUUUAGAUUAGAAAAAGUAUUCUAUCUAAAAAAUUUAAUUAAAAAAUGUAGAGCUAAGAAAUUAUCUAUUAUAAGAAUUAACAACUUUUUCUAUGUGUCUCUUACAGUAUAUAUCAUUCUGUUUUUCUUAUAAUUAGCACUAGAGAAUGUAAAGUUUUAUCUUUAAUCCAGGAAUAAUUAUCCCACUUUUUUGUUGCAUAAACAAUCGAAAGAUGAUUUUUCACUACACUUAAAAAUCAUUGCUAUUCAUUACGUACUGUAAAUUAAGGUAAUUAUUCUCGACUUCUAUACUUAUUAUUCUAUACUUACUAUAUUCUAUAUCUUACUAUGUUCUAUAUCGCACUUCUACAACUUAAAAAAUUUAUCUUGCUUCUGAUAACACAUUUCUUAUAGAAGUGACGUUCCUAGUCGACGAUAUUGUACUGUAUGCAUAAAUACUGCACAAACAUAUUUUUACAUUGAAUUUUUUUCUCUCACUUCCAUUUCAUAUUUUGUCAUAAUAAAAAAAUUGCAUCGAAGCAGCAAAAAUUGUUCUAUGGACUUCAGCGAAACAAUUGCAUGCAAAAAAAACUGACUAAAGACAAUUACCGUUUGUAAACUCCACCGAUGGUUUCUUUCCCACGUUAUUACACGAAUAUUGCAUGCGUCUUGCCGAUCAAUUUUUCCGACACCUUCGAGUUUCGCUUCCGUAUUAAGUGCGCGUAUUUUACCUCGAUGCAAUUUGUCCGAUAAUUCUCUAAAGAUAAAAAAAUAAAAAAUGAAAAACAAUGUAAUAAUGAAAAAAAAAGAGGAAAUGGCUACAAUAGUCAAGUAACACGAUCGGCUCUAUCGUCAGUUCUUUUAAAACCCUCGAAGCAAAUGGAAUAUCCAGAAGAGAAUUAUUAUAAACUGAACCGCUUUCUUCUAUCGGCUUGCGGACUAGAGCCUUAUCAAAGCAAGUGGAAUGCUCGUUUAAUAAGAGCUCUUAUCACGGUCGUCAUGAUGUUGUCUGCAAUUUUUCAGAUCUUGUGCUGGUUUACAUUUGAAUUUAUCACAAAUGAAUUUAUAGUGAAUGGGGUGCCAGCGCUUUUAAUUAAAUUGGGUAUCCUAAGCAACUUGCAUUUACGUAUCGGAAAUGUAGACAAAGUUAAAAUAUUAUUCGACCGUAUAUCAAAAGACUGGGCAUUGCAAAAGACACAUAGUGAGAUCAAGAUUAUGCGCGAACAUGCUGAGUUCUCAAAACUAUUCACAUUCUGUUGUACGAUCUUGUCGUAUGUAAGCAUGGUGGGAUAUUGCAUAUGGUUGUGCACACCAGAAAUUCUCAAUCUUUUAAUGCCCAUGAACGAAUCUCGUCCGCGGAGGACACCCUUUAAAGAUGAAUUCUUUUUAGAUGAAGAACGAUACGUUAUACUCAUUCGUUCCCACACGUGCUUUGUACUUCUAACCAUACCUCUAGUUUUCGUUAUGGGUUUCACUUUAUUUAUGACUCUCACACAACACGUUUGCGGAAUGUGCAAGUUAUUGGGGUCUCGCGCAGAACGCUUAUUUCUCGUUGUUAAAGACAGAACGGAAUGCGAUUUAAUUCAGGAGUCACAAAUAAGAAACGAGAACAUGAUCGUUUUUAUACAGCAGCAUUACAACAUUAUACAAUUCGUUGAUAUAAUUGAAACUUAUCACACAACACUGAUUUUAUGGGAUCUAACAGCAAUAAUGAUUAUGUUGAGUCUUACGAUAAUCCAGAUAUUAACUAUUUCUGAUAUCGAGGGAGCUAUUAGAUCUAUAGGUAUCUCUUGUGCAACAUUAUGUCAGUUAUUCGUAUGUUGUUACAUGGGACAAAAGAUAACGGAUGAAAGUUUGAGCGUAUAUGAGAAAAUAAAAAAAGGGAGCGAGAGAGAGAUAAGUAAUAUUUAAUGUGCGCUCUGGAGCAAGCCACCUCAAGCGCAGAAAAAAAAGAGUACAAGAAGAGAGGGGAGAGGGAGAGAGAAUGUGAGAGAGUGAGCAGGAUUAUUAGUGAAGACAGAAAAAAAUAUUUCCUGAAUUUUUUGCGGUACUUUUUGGGAAAAAUUCCUUGACUGAAGCCAAAACGAAACACUUAAUAAAAAUUUAAAAAGAUACAUUUUUGUGUCAAUUUUAAAUUAAAUUUUUUAAAAUAUAUGGAUAUUGAUAAUCUAAAAUUUUGAUAGCAUUUUUAACGCAUUUUUGAAACAAGAGCAUUUAUGUUUUCUAAAAUAUCUUGAAUUCUGUUAGUCAUAAUUUGCAGUUCUUUUUACUUUUUUAAUAUUACAUUUCAUUUUUACCAUUUUAAUUAAAAAUUUUUUAUAAUUACAUAAUUUUUAACAAUGUAUAUGAAACAAACAUUAUACGUUUCUCAUAAUAAAUACACAUAAGUUCGCGUUAAAAAAUAAUGAUCGCUGAAGCAUUUUGUAAAUAUUGUGUAUAAUUUUUAUAUAAUAUUGUGGUGAGUGAUUUGUGAAAUAUCGUUAACAUAUACAAUAAAACUAUAUCUUGAUUUUAAAGAAGUUUUCUUUCCAAAAAAAAAAAAAAUUUGUUUUGCAGAUACAAUUCUACGUGGUACAAUGCAGUUGUUUCAGAGCAAAAAAUACUGUUAAUGAUACUGAUACGACGCUGUCACCCGUUGGUCAUCACCGCCAGUAAAUUUUAUACAAUGUCUUUGCAGAAUUUUGGAAAGGUAAAAAAAAGUACGCCGUAUUCAUUACACGCGAAUCGUAAAAGCAAAGAAUAAAAAAUAUGUAUCUUUCGAAGAUACUUCAAACAUCGCUCUCCUACUGCAUGUUUGUCAGACAAAUCUGAAAAAGUUUCUAUCAAGUUGCAAGUGUAGAAGUAACGUAGAAAAAUCGCAAGAAUGUGUUAGACAUGUAUUGAUCUUAUUCUUAUGAUAAGCAAUUGUCCUCUGUA